AUGAAGAAGUUAGCCAAAAGAUCGAAUCAGAAGCUCAGUCCUAGAUAUUAUGGACCCUAUGAAGUGAUUCAAAGAAUUGGAGCUCAGUCCUCAUUACUGAAGAAAGCUAUUAUGCCAUCUGCUGAAUCCCAACCUUUGCCAGAUUGCAUGAAUGGAGAUUGGUACCUAGAACAUAUGCCUGAGAAAGUGAUGAACUAUAGGUGGAAUGACCAGGGGGAUUGGGAAGUACUGGUGAAAUGGAAAGAUCUUCCAGAUUUUGAGAAUUCUUGGGAAUUAGCUAACAAGUUACUAGAGGAAUUUUCAACAUUCUUCCUUGAGGUAAAUAUGAGUAUAGCAAUACUUCCAAUGUCACAAGAGUUCAACUGGAACAGUGCAACAGUUGGCCUCAUUCAGUCCUCUUUUUUCUGGGGUUAUCUACUUACUCAGAUUGUUGGUGGCAUUUGGGCAGACAAAGUUGGUGGAAAGCUAGUACUUGGUUUUGGAGUUGUGUGGUGGUCAAUUGCAACCGUUUUAACACCUAUUGCUGCAAAACUUGGGCUUCCGUAUCUGCUUGUUAUGCGUGCUUUUAUGGGAAUUGGCGAGGGUGUUGCUAUGCCUGCAAUGAAUAAUAUACUUUCCAAGUGGGUUCCGGUAUCAGAGAGAAGCCGAUCACUUGCACUAGUUUAUAGUGGCAUGUACCUUGGUUCUGUCACAGGAUUGGCAUUUUCACCUUUUCUAAUCCACAAAUUUGGGUGGCCAUCUGUGUUCUACUCAUUUGGAUCACUUGGAAGUAUCUGGUUUGCCUUGUGGUUGAGAAAAGCAUACAGCACGCCAAAAGACGAUCCAGAUCUUGGGGUGGAAGAGAAAAGGCUCAUACUUGGAGGCAGCGUAUCAAAAGAACCUGUGACAGUUAUUCCUUGGAAAUUGAUUUUAUCAAAAGCACCUGUCUGGGCUUUAAUAAUCUCUCAUUUCUGCCACAAUUGGGGGACAUUUAUUCUAUUAACCUGGAUGCCUACAUACUACAAUCAGGUUCUGAAGUUCAACCUCACGGAAUCUGGGCUCUUAUGUGUCCUUCCAUGGUUAACCAUGGCAAUUUUUGCGAAUAUAGGAGGUUGGAUUGCCGACACACUUGUGAGCAAAGGCCUUUCCAUAACAACUGUUCGAAAGAUCAUGCAAUCGAUUGGGUUUCUGGGUCCUGCAUUUUUUCUUACACAGCUAAGUAAUGUCAGAACACCCGCCAUGGCAGUACUGUGCAUGUCUUGCAGUCAGGGAUGUGAUGCAUUCUCACAAUCUGGUCUUUAUUCCAAUCACCAAGACAUUGGACCGCGCUAUGCCGGAGUGUUACUGGGACUAUCAAAUACUGCAGGAGUGCUUGCUGGUGUCUUUGGUACAGCUGCGACUGGAUACAUACUCCAACGAGGUUCAUGGAAUGAUGUAUUUAAAGUCUCAGUUGUAUUGUACUUAAUUGGCACUUUGGUCUGGAAUAUCUUUUCAACUGGUGAGAAAAUUCUAGACUGA